AUGGCAGCGACGUCGGGUGUUACAACCAAACUGAACAUAUUGGUACCAGGGGGCAUAGGUUUUAUCGGCAGUCAUUGUGUGAUUGAAUUGGUCAAUGCCGGUUAUGAACCAAUCAUUAUUGAUAAUCUAUCAAACUCCUCAGAAGAGUGUUUGAAGCGAGUUGAAAAGAUUGUUGGCCGUAAAUUAACAUAUUACAUAGUUGACUGUCUGGACUUGGAUAAACUACGAGAUGUUUUCAAAAAGCAUUCGAUCUAUGCCAUAAUUAACUUUGCUGCUUUGAAAGCAGUCGGUGAAUCUGUACAAAAGCCGGUUUUAUACUAUAAAAAUAAUGUCGGUUGUCUAUUCAAUUUACUGACAUGUAUGGAAGAAUUCAAUGUGAAAAAUUUCAUUUUCUCUUCAUCAGCAACUGUUUAUGGUGCACCACAAUAUUUGCCAUUGAACGAGCAACAUCCAUGUAUUGGCGAUGCGAUUACAAAUCCAUAUGGAAAGAGUAAAUACAUCUGUGAACAUAUUCUUAAAGACACAGUUGUCGCACAUCCGGAUUGGAAUGUUAUUCUCCUACGAUAUUUUAAUCCUGUUGGUGCUCAUGAAUCAGGUUUAAUCGGUGAAGAUCCUGUCGGCAAACCGAAUAAUCUCAUGCCUUAUGUUGCACAAGUAGCUGUUGGCCGUUUACCAGUUGUUAGCGUUACUGGUACAGAUUAUGACACACCCGACGGAACAGGUGUACGAGAUUAUAUUCAUGUCGUCGAUCUGGCCACUGGUCAUAUAGCUGCUGUAAAGAAACUCCAAGAUAAUCCGGGUCUCAAAAUCUACAAUCUUGGAACAGGAAAAGGUUAUUCAGUGUUGCAAAUGAUCAAAGCACUGGAAAAGGCUUCAGGAAAAAAAAUUCCAUAUCAAGAGUGUCCUCGACGUGCAGGUGAUCUCGCUUCUGUUUACGCUGAUCCUGCUUUGGCUACUAAAGAGCUUGAAUGGUCGGCAAAACGAGAUCUCGAUGACAUGUGUCGUGAUUUAUGGCGAUGGCAGUCAAAUAAUCCAAAUGGUUUUCAAUAG